AGGCAUCCAUUGGCUCAAAUUCGUGGCUUGUUCACGACCAGCCAGACCCAACGUGACGUCCUGGCCAGACGUGGCAUCCAGUGCUCUCUCGGUGCAGCUGAUGGUGCAUGGAGGUGAUGGCAUGGCGGUGCAGGCGAUGGUCUCGCUAGAUGGCACGAUGAGCAGUGUGGGCGCGGAGCCCUCGACGCGGUCUGGGUCCAAGGAGAAUGUGGGCCAUGCAUUUUCCAAGAGGAGCACACAAAGCUUGGAAACACCAUUGGAUGCAGACUUGGUGCGGGGAGUGCCAUUGCACUUCUGCCUCCGCGGGUUUGGACGCAUUUGGAAGCGUUCUUGCACCAGAGACGAUUACAACCUAAGUCGGAAGACUCCAGUGAUCGAUCACUUCCUAAGUCAUGAUUGGAACACCUCUCGUUAUCUGAAGUGGAUGACACUUCUGGUGAUCUUCAACGCUGGCCCGGCCGCCUGCUUCACGCUCUUAGUCUCCGUGGUGUUAUCCGUGUUUGCAUGCUUUGGAUAUCUGGGUGCGGAGCAUUUAUACUGGCUGCCUUUGCCGGGAUUCUUGACCUAUGUCUUGGUGCUCCUGUUUUGGCAGGACAUGCGGCGCGCCUUCCGCACGCCGAUCUUGGCCUUCGUGGACAAGCUGUGUAUUGCACAGCAUGAUAUGCAACUGAAGGAACAAGGAAUUCGUGGCCUGGGCAGCUUCCUGGCCUCUUCCAACACCCUCACCGUCUUGUGGUCGGAGCGGUAUUUCUCUCGCUUGUGGUGCACCUACGAAGUCGCUUCCUACUUGGAGGGGGAGCGCCAUAAAGCGAUUGAACUCAUCCCCGUGAAGAUGGCCUUGUUGCUGCUUAUUGCCUCCAUUCAGGCGUGCAGCGGCUUUUUGAUGAAGUAUUUGACGUGGUUACUCGACAUCACCGAGUGGUUGCAGGACCGCGUUUUUGUUGAGUUGGUGGGCCACGGUGGCGUCUUCUUGCCCGUUGCGCUCUAUGUGGCCCUGGGCUGCAUGGUGCACUACUUUCAGCUCCCUCAACAGCUGCGGCACUUCAGGGUCCAGGAUACCGAAUGCCAUUGCUGCUCCAACAACCACCUCCAUCCAGAGACGGGGGAGGAGCUCAUUUGUGAUCGGGCUCUGGUCUUCGGCAUGCUGCGGAAGUGGUUCGGAGCCUCUAAGGGGGAGAAGAUGAAGGAGACUUACCUGGAUCGCUUCAACGCUUUGGUGCAUGAGAAGUUAAGUAGCCAAAUUGCUCACACCGUGGGGCGUGGCUUACCACACCUACGAUACGUACUCUUUACUGUUUGCACAGCACCGGUGCCAUUUUUCCCCUUCAUCAUUGCACUGGAAACCGCAAAGUUGCGCCAAUCUGAAGCAGCUCACACAUCCCAUGAUGAUCAUUACGGACACAGCCAUGAAGAGGGCCACUCCUAUGAUGACAUGUACAGCUUUCGGUGGUGGGUGGAGCAUGCCAUGGACUUCCUUGUGCCACCACUCUAUGGUGUCGUAAGCUUCCUUUUGAUGGUCCAGUCUUGCCGCUUGGUCUAUUUCCUGUACAAUCAGUUCCAUCGACGCUAUCCUAUGACUCCUUGCAGGAAGGUGGUUCUGUCACUGGCGCUCACACCAGUGAUUUGGGCCAUUUUGGCCUUUGGCGUCUGGGAGCUCCUCGUGGCGGAUGUGCUGGAAGAUGAACCUGUCGUGAAGCUCAUCCUCUUCAUCAGCUACCUCGUCAUCACGGCGGGCUUCUUUUGUGCACCCAGUCUUUGUGACGGAGGCACCCCAUCGGAGUCCAUGGAGGAUGACGCUCCUCCGAUGACCAUCGAGGAGCAGGUGGAGAACGAGAUCGUUUCCAACAACGUGAGUGAAUCUAUGACUGUGGACAGGCUUUGAGAUUGGAUGUAUGAAGAACAGGAGAAUCAGGAGCUUCAUGGAGCUUCAGAUUCAGGAGGCACCCUUUGUUUGGCAAAAGGCAUAGAGGAGUGCCUUGCUUUUGCACUGAUCAAGAGCGCCCAGGGCGGUUUGAGAGCAUAAACAUGCUCGAUGCUUUGUUGACGAACUGAGGAGCUUACUCAUUUCUGCAAUGCGUU